AUGCAAGCCUGGACCGGCCUCCGCACAUCCACAGGUGGCAGUUGGCAGGACCUGUGCAUCGCAGAAACCUGGAUCGCCAGCAACAGCACACUGAUACGGCAUGUCGUCACUGGUCCGGAGGAUCCCAAGGUGGUGAGCCUUCGCAACACCGGCGACCUCGUGAUUGCUUUCGACUCGAAGCCUCCGACAAAUGGUGAUCAAUCCACCUGCCGAAGCAACCAUCAAGGUUUUGCAGAUGCUGUGACUCAGAUGUACCUGUCAACGGAGGUCGACCCUGCCAGGCUGGGAAUUCCAAGUUCCGCAUACCGCCUAAGCUACGGCAAAGUCGAUGUUGCUGAGAAGAACUGGAUUCCGUUCGUGUAUCAAGAGUCUGUGUUCUUCAUCUACACCCCGCUUCCACAUGUCGUGCUUACAUCGCAAAAUGACGGGCAAAGCGAGAAGGUAUUCAGCACAACUUUCCGUCCAUUGCAGCGCGUCGUGCAAGAGAAUUCCCACGUCAG